UACAAAUACUAUGCAUUGAGUGAGUAAUUGUUGUGAUAUUAAUAAUAAUAAUAAUAAUAAUACUGUAGUUAUGUUUAUAUCAUAUAAUAAUAAUUAUUAUGUAAAACAAUUGAUAACUUUUUUUUUAAGUGAUGUUAAGUCUAUCUGAUUGACGACAAAACUGUUGAAUUAUGAUUAACACAAACAGACAUCACUGUCACUGAUCCAACCCUCUCAAGACAUAUAUAUUAAUCAUACAACCAUUUGGUUGUUUUGUUUUUGUUGAUCAUCAGUGGUGUCCCCAAAAAAAGACUCAAUGGCUCAACCAUUAGACAUAUCUCGUCGUAAUCCACAAGAAGAGUACGAUCUGAUCCAAAGGGUUGGUUCGGGCACUUACGGUGAUGUCUAUAAGGCCCGACGUGUUUGUACGGGUGAAUUGGCGGCCAUCAAGAUUAUCAAACUGGAACCGGGAGACGACUUUCAUGUCAUCCAACAGGAGAUACUAAUGAUGAAAGACUGUCGCCAUUCAAAUGUUGUGGCCUUCUUCGGCUCAUAUCUUCGCAGAGAUAAACUAUGGAUUUGUAUGGAGUUUUGUGGCGGCGGUUCCCUACAGGACAUCUAUCACUGUACCGGACCAUUGGGUGAACCACAGAUUGCAUAUGUUUGCAGAGAGACACUGAAGGGUAUCCUAUAUCUGCACUCAAUGGGCAAAAUGCAUCGCGACAUCAAAGGCGCCAAUAUUUUACUAACCGAAGACGGCGACGUCAAACUGGCCGACUUUGGUGUGUCGGCACAGAUCACACAAACCAUUAACAAACGAAAGUCUUUCAUUGGCACACCCUAUUGGAUGGCGCCGGAAGUGGCGGCCGUCGAACGAAAAGGCGGUUACAAUCAUCAGUGCGACAUUUGGGCUGUCGGUAUUACGUCCAUUGAGUUGGCCGAACUGCAGCCGCCAAUGUUUGAUUUGCAUCCGAUGCGAGCACUGUUCCUUAUGUCUAAGUCAGGCUUUAAGCCGCCACAACUCAAAGAUCGGAAUCACUGGUCGACAAACUUUCAUCAUUUUGUAAAAAUGGCGCUCACGAAGAAUCCCAAGAAGCGGCCGUCGGCCGAGCGACUAUUGCUUCAUCCAUUUGUCCACCAACCGGAAUUAAGUCGACGACUAAUGCGCGAACUACUCGAUAAGGUGGCCAAUCCACACAACUUUAACAAUGGCCAUCACCACGAGUUGGACGCCGACGACGAGCUCGUGUGCGACGUACCACAGAGGAUAUCUUCGAAACGGUCGGUGCGGUCGCGGGUGAAGACACGAUCCGAACUGCAUAUGGAAAGCAUUAAUUUUGAAGCUCCAUUGCUGACAUCCAUUUCCAAUGUUACCGAAAAAGAGAAGCCCACCGAUGUGUCAGUUGCCUGGGGUUUAGUCAACGAUAGCAACAAUAGUGGCUACGAUUUGGCCACUGCUUGGAUGGAAUCGGACGCAGAGUCGGAACAAAUUAAAAAUCAACAAAUGCGACGAAGAUCACUUCUUGAGAUUGUCGAUGAAGAACUACUUCAACGCGGACAUGAAGACAGUCUUCAAGCAUUGGACAAAGCUUUGCGACAAUAUUCUUCACAACAAACCCUUCCCAUUGAACCAUUUGGAUCUCCUGCAAAAGAUCAGUUGUUAGGCGAAGUAUGCAAUGAUAGCAAAUCGAUACCAUUAGAGUUGGUUCACAUMGACGACGAUGAAUACUCAACACCUCCGUCAACGCCUCAGUUGAACGGCUCGAGCGGUGGCGGCCAACCACUGAUCAGUUUGUCAAACAGUGAUAAUAAUAGUAACGACAGUGAAUCAGCGGUACCUCCUGAGGCACCACCGCGACGUCGCGACCGUCAUAAACAACGGGUCAAUGCCCAGAACUCACCGCCCGCCACCGUCAAUGGACUGCCGCCCACACCAAAGGUUCAUAUGGGCGCCUGUUUCUCAAAAGUAUUCAACGAAUGUCCGUUAAAAAUCAAUUGUUCGGCCAGUUGGGUGCAUCCCGACACCCAUGACCAACACAUUCUAUUAGGCUGUGAUGAAGGUAUAUAUUAUUUAAAUCUCAACGAACUGCACGACGCAAGCAUCGAUCAGUUAUACCCGAGGAAAACCGUUUGGUUGUUUGUCAUCAAAAACGUAUUGAUGUCAUUAUCGGGUAAAACUGCAUACUUGUAUCGGCACGACCUCAUGACAUUGCACUCAAAGAAAAACGUAUCGUUCGGUCUUCCAGUUGACUCAAUGAUCAAUAAAAUACCGGAGCGUCUGAUGCCACGCAAAUUUAUAUCGUCGACAAAAGUGUCGGACACUAAAAACUGUACUAAAUGUUGUGUCGGACGAAACCCGUAUAACGGUUACAAAUAUUUAUGCGGUGCCACUGCUAACGGCAUAUUUCUAAUGCAAUGGUAUAAUCCAUUGAAUAAGUUUAUGUUAUUGAAGCAAUUUGAACUCUACAUACCCACUGAAUUGGAUGUAUUUGAGAUGAUCAUCACUCAAGAUAUGGAGUAUCCAAUGAUAUGUAUGGGUGUGAAAAAGUGCUACGAAGACGAUCGGGCACUACAAUUGAAUUUGAUUCACUUAAACUCAACCACCAAUUGGUUUAACGAUUGUUCCGAUAACGACCAGUUUGGCGACGGAACCGAAACUAUUGUCGCCCGACACGACUCACUCAAUAUUAUUAGUGUCAAUCAGUUAGAAAAGGAUACCAUUCUUGUCUGUUACGACAAUUGCGUAAAGUUAGUCAAUCUUCAGGGAAAACUCAAAUCAAGUCGUCGACAACCAGCGGAACUUCACUUUGACUUUCAAAUUAAAUCAAUUGUAUGUCUGACUGACUGUGUGUUGGCAUUUCACGAGCACGGAAUGCAGGGCCGAUCGUUUAAGAACAACGAAGUGGUCCAAGAGAUCAAUGAUCAGAGUCGCCACUUUCGGCUACUCGGCUCUGACCGUAUUGUCGUACUUGAGUCGCGGCCCACACACGAUACUAGUGUGGCAUCCAAUCUAUACAUUCUGGCCGGUCAUGAAAAUAGCUAUUAAUAAAUGAAUUUUUUUGAUUUAAUUACAAUUAAUUACAAACAAACAUUUUUUUAGUGAUGAUAAUAAUAAUACUAAUAAUAUCGAUAAUAUUAUAUGAUUUGAUAAAUCAUGUGAAUGAUAACCGGUAGUCAUUUUAUUUUUAUUUUACUUUUUUAAAUAAUUAUUAUUGUAUUUGAUUAGAUU